UCACGUCAAAAACAAAACAAAACUACGUCACUUUAAUAACGAACGUCACCGGUUAUAAAUGCAUUCAGCCACCGCGCAUGCGCCAAAAGCUAAGACGGCCAGUGUAUUCAAGAGAACCGAACGCACCUAACCUAUAUCGGUGCCCAACGGUCGCGCGCGAAAUAAACUUUCGGAAUUCGAAAUUCGAACGGCAAUUUAGUUUUUUGAAUUUGGAAUUUUGUGCCAGUGUUUUAGUGUGGUUUUUGUUUGUUUUCAGUGAUUUUGAUUGAAGUUUGUGUUGUGCUGUUGGAAAGUCGUUGGAUUUUGAGAACCAAUGGCGACCUGACACACCCCCCCUUGCGCUGACCAUGCGCUAUGCGCUCGUUGAACGAGACAGCAUGCGCGGCGCUGCUGGAAGACGUGCGCUGGGACGAGCCUACCAGCCUCGUGUCUCUCGCCGUUCUCGCUCUCAUCGACGUGCUCGUCAUUGCAGGCAACUGUCUGGUGAUCGCCGCUGUCCUGUGCUCGUCGAAACUGCGCAGUGUCACAAAUCUAUUCAUCGUAUCAUUGGCGGUCGCCGAUCUUCUGGUUGGAGUAGCUGUGUUGCCGUUUUCCGCCACUAGGGAAGUUUUCGAGAUAUGGAUAUUCGGCGGUGUCUGGUGCUCUGUCUGGCUGGCCGUAGACGUGUGGAUGUGCACAGCCUCCAUACUGAACCUGUGCGCCAUCUCUCUCGACCGAUACGUGGCCGUCACCCGUCCCGUCAGCUACCCUAGCAUCAUGAGUAGAAAGAGAGCCAAGGCGCUGAUAGCUGGGCUGUGGGUUUUGUCGUUUGUCAUCUGUUUCCCGCCGCUGGUCGGAUGGAAGGAUAAGAAGACAGAAGAAGCCGAGCUGAAAGACGGCUGGUCCCCCAACCCCCACUGCCCCUGGACGUGCGAGCUGACCAACGACGCAGGCUACGUCGUCUACUCCGCUCUCGGCUCCUUCUACAUCCCCAUGUUCGUUAUGCUGUUCUUCUAUUGGAGGAUUUAUAAGGCCGCUGUGAGGACUACUAAGGCGAUUAACCAGGGGUUCAGGACUACGAAAGGCAAAGGCAUGGGCAACAGAUUCGACGACAACAGACUGACACUACGGAUCCACAGAGGCCGAGGGUCCACUAGGCCUCACGGCUCUCCUCUAUCGACGGCCUCGAAUCAUUCUACGAGUACAUCGCUCAGUGCCAGCCCUGAGAGACUUAGAAGACAUUCCAGUGCCCGACGUGCGCAUGAAAAAGUCAAAAUCUCUGUCUCCUACCCGUCGUCAGAACAGAUCUGUCAGACGCACGAGAACUCCCGGUCUCCCAGUAGAUCCCCAAGCCCCUCGCUGUACGCUGUUCACUACGAGCGCGACGGCAGAGAAUUGACUGAAAGCAGACUGAGAGUCAGACCGCCACAUCAUUUGGCCCCGGGGCCGCUGUACGAUGAGUUCGAUGACAAGCCUAGGGCCACGAGAAGAAUGGGGAAGAGGAAUAUAAAAGCUCAAGUAAAACGCUUCAAAAUGGAGACCAAAGCAGCCAAGACCCUCGGCAUCAUCGUCGGAGGCUUCGUCUUCUGCUGGCUCCCCUUCUUCAGCGUUUAUGUCGUGAGGGCCUUUUGUGGGGACUGCGUGCCUUCCAUCAUCUUCUCCGUGCUGUUUUGGCUGGGUUACUGCAACUCGGCUAUUAAUCCGCUUAUUUAUGCUCUGUUUUCUAAGGACUUUAGGUUCGCAUUCAAACGUAUAAUCUGCAAGUGCUUCUGCGGGCGCGCGGGCGCGCGGCGGCGGUCGGACGGCUCCGCGCGCCGCGCCGAGCCCAAGCCUCACGAGACUUCGUUGGAGGAACAGGAUAUCUCUAACAGCACGAGCAAUGACAGGUGACGUCAAACCCCGCGACGGCAAAACCCCCAAUUCCAGGCUACCGUCGCGUGUGUUUAGCAGGGACAGCGAGCCGUCACCUUUCUCCGAUAGCUUCUUGCACCGUCAUCAUUCCAAUCGAACGCCCUUAAAAGCUUCCUUCAAGAAUCUCUAGUGCCUGAAAUGGUCAAAAAAGAAAGAAAAUGCAAUAUUUAAUGGUCGUAAGCUGCGAAUAUUAUUUGAUGUCUGAUAUAUCUAUUUAAAAAAAACUAUGAAUUACUAAAAUAUUAAAUCAAAACCGCCGAAAAACACAAAUUAGAACUCUUAAUCGCAGAUAAGCUGGAGGUGUCAAAAAAACUUGAAGACCUAAUGAACAAUGAACUGUAGAAAUAAACUUAUUACUUAAUACUUGGAAUCAGCAAAAAAUUGUCCCGUGAAUGAAUUAGGCAUUCUCAAAGGUGAAUGCUGAAAACAAAAAGUUAUAAUUGUGUUGGUGGUUAUUGUAGAUAAAAACUUGUACACAACUAUUAUAGAGAACCAAGUAUUAUAGAGAACCAAAUAAAAAUUGAACUCCGAGACCUUGCAAACACUUUAUUUCUGAUUUGAAGCCCCACAAAAAAUUGUCCCAAAAUGCCAUAGAAAAAGCCGUAGAAUAUCAAUUUUAGUAGCUUUACGCAUACACAGAUAUUUCAUAGAAAAGUCGAGAAAAAUAACCGCAAAACGUAGCUUAAUUAAGUAUUAAACGAGUAUGAAAAUACGAAAAACGCGGGACUUCACAAAUCUAUUCUACAAAAUAGAGGUAACGGAGUAGAAAAGAUGAGACAAAGUUGAGUUGGAUUUAGGCUCUGAAUCAACAGGGACAAAAAGAAAGAGAGAUGGUAAAGAGCUUAUCUAAUUCUUCUAAAAUGGCCUUAAUUUACAUUAGUGAAUAUUAGUGAAGGUGAUGGACUCUUACGUGUAUUUUACUAAAGACUGUUAUAUAUAGCUAUAAAGAUAUAAUGUAAAUAUUUAUUGUGUGUUUGUUGGAGGGACUAAUUGGCGUGUUAGAUUUUAAUGGAAGACAGGUGGCAUCCAUAUUGGAAGUAGCUGCAGGGGCGUAGCUAGAGGAUAUGGUACCCAGGGCAGUCACCAAAUUUGCGCCCCCUGACGACUGACAAAAGUUUCCCUGCUGCCUUUUGCCCAUUUUGGCGUCCCUCCUUGGAUGGCGCCCGGGGCACUUGCCCCCUCUGCCCCCCGCCCCUAGUUACGCCACUGAGUAGCUGUACUGGAUCUGCAAAGAAAUACUAAAAAGAAAAUUAUUUGUCUCAGUAGUUCGGUUAGCGGCCAUCUUGAGCCUUCGACGUUGCAACAAACGGCAUGCGAUUUUAGAUAAUUGCGGAUAACGCAGCGUACUACGUUGGCGAACAACACGCGAACGCGAAGUGAAGCGAUGCGGCGCGGGGUGAAUCAAUCCUUUGAUACCAAUAGAAGUGAAAAUCUUCGUAGCUUGUUCGAAGACCGUACUUACGAUAUUAUCAUCAUAUGUUAACUUAAAUUAGAACCAGUUUGUAGCCAUACGAUUAAAUAAAUAAAUAAUCUCAAUCGUUCAUGUUGCACAAACACAAAAACAUCUUUAUUUAAUCCUUCAAGUUAUUUAAAACUGCAUUUUUGAAGUGUUUGUUUAUAGUAAAAAAAUCGUGAGUUUAAACCUCGGUCGCGCCGAUAAGAGUAGAAAAAAUCGUUCUGGACGAAAUGCAAAAAGAUGAGUAAAAAUUCGUUCUAGAUAGGAUCAUUAUCAUAUAAGCAGACGAUAGAAAAAAGUUAGAAAAAGUUAUAGUUUUUUUUUCUCUCUUUAUUUAAGAGCUUGUCACCGAGGUGAACAUGCUUUUUGUUAAGUUUAAUGUUUUUUCUAACCUAACACGAAUUUAUAGUACAGUCUGUGGUCAUUUCAAAAUGGAUGCCGCCUCGUAUACUAGUCAAAGAUCUCGAUGUUCCUCGUAAUUCGGUGUCAUGUCUCCUCGGUUAGAGUGUAUCUGUACGUGAUUGUAUUUGUAACAUUAUGUAAAUACAAUUAUAUGAGAUGUU